AAUUACCCCUUCUAAUCCUCACAGCAAUCCUAUGAGGUUUACUGGCCAACAGGCUAGAAAUGUUCAUUGGAUAUGAUCCCACGUCUAAUAGUGGUGGAGUUUGGAUUCAAGAACCCCCUACCUAAAUCCACAGGUGACACAAGACUACGUCUUGGGGUCUUCUCCUACCUAUCUCUCCUUAUGAAAAUCCCACCAUCUGGCCACACGGCCUCCUCGCACAGGCUCAAACUGCCCCUAAGAGCCCAAGGGCAUUUGCCUCUCCUGCCCCCACGAUGGGAUGUGCAGUGUCCUCCUCUGGCGGGAGCUCAUUUCCUGCCAGCCUCUGGCCAAGGGCAGGGCCUGCAGCCCCUUGGGGCUCAAUGUCAGUGAGUGAACAGCCAGGAAAACACAGAGGCCUGCCAACCAUGACCUUAGUUCAGACCAGGUCCCAGAGCAUGCCUGGGGUCUACACCACAACCCAAACAAAGCCCUUCCCUGAACGCAUUGGUUCCCAAGCGCAGAGAGAGGCAAAGGAUUCCAUCUCCCCACUCUUGGUAGUGCUUGUCUUUCACCACUGUCGACUAAAAUGCACUACUUAAAAGUUGAGAGUUAUGUUUUAUUCAGCAGACAUUCUUAGGACUUCAAGCCCGGGAGAGAGCCUCUCAGAUAACACUGAGAAAACGGUUCCGAAGGGGAAGAGGGGCAACUACCUGCAACAACACCAGGUAGUUGAAACAAAAGAUAACUGUCAAUAAAAGAAAACCAGAUAACUCAAGUUAAGGAAUUUAGCACUUUUCUAUGUAUGGGAAGAUGCAAGAGUCUGGGCUCACUUAAACCAUUCUUUCACAUGCACCUCAGCUAUCUGGGGCCAGUAUCCUGUGUUUUCUCAUCUAGAGUUUCCUCAAGCUGCACUGUGGGGAGUGGCUGCUAGAUGGCGGACAUCCCUUGUUUCCUUCUUGAGUUCCCUCAGGGCUCAUCAUUGGGGGUGACUGUAACGUGGUGGCUAGAUCCCUAGCUUACUGAUAUGGCAGGCAAUAUUUUCUUACCAUUAAGUAAUUCAUCCAUUAAAUCAACAUGACUUUAUCGAGUGCCUACCACGUGCCAGGGACUGUGCAAGGGGAGGAUUCAGAGGUAAACACCACUUGCUCUUACAGACGAAAAGGACUGAGCAAGGUGGGAAAGAAAAAAGGAAACAAAAACAAAACGCCAAAAACCCUCAGACCUCCCCAACAUGGCAGCCUUGGAGGCUGAUUCUGACCUCCUCAUCAUGGCCCUCCCAUAGUGCGGUGCAGACCUUCUCAACAUGGCGAUAAAGAACGACCUUCUCAACAUGGCGCGGGCCCCGCCCGCUCCGCCGCGGCCGCCGGCGGGAACAGUUCCGGGUGCGGUGUGCGCCGGGGGCAGGUGGGGGGCGGCGUCCUGGCCAUGGCCGGCCUCUCGGACCUGGAGCUGCGGCGGGAGCUGCAGGCCCUGGGCUUCCAGCCAGGACCCAUCACCGACACCACCCGGGACGUCUACCGCAACAAGCUGCGCCGCCUGCGGGGCGAGGUCCGGCUGCGCGGCGAGGAGCGGCUGCGGGAGGAGGCCCGGGCAAGGGGCGAGGAGCGGCUGCGGGAGGAGGCCCGGCUGCGCGAGGAGGCUCCGCUUCGCGCCCGGCCCGCCGCGUCCUCCCUGCGGUCGGAACCCUGGCUCUCCCCGCCGGCCUCGGGCCCGGCCUACACGACCUCUGGGGCCUACGGCGACAUCGGGGCCUCCGCCGCUUCCUGGUCCAGGAGCCGCGGCCUCGCCUACCCCCCCCGCCCCGCGCCGCUCAGACGCCGCGCCUCGGUCCGGGGCAGCUCCGAGGAGGACGAGGACUGCCGGCCACUCGACAGGGCCGCGCCGGGCCCCGGCCACGGAGUCCGUCGGUGGUGGGCCUCGUCCCCGGCCCCGGUGCGGCCGUCCUCCGCCCUCCUCGGUCCCGACCCGCGCCCGGGCCUGCGGGCGACGAGAGCGGGCCAGGCGGGUGCGGCGCGGGCCCGGCCCGAGGUGGGGCGGCGGCUGGAGCGCUGCCUCUCCCGGCUCCUCCUCUGGGCCAGCCUGGGGCUGCUGCUCGUCUUCCUGGGCAUCCUCUGGGUGAAGAUGGGCAAGCCCUCGGCGCCGCAGGAGGCAGAGGACAACAUGAAAUUAUUGCCAGUGGACUGUGAAACAAAAACAGAUGAGUUCUGUCAGGCCAAGCAGAAGGCGGCCUUGCUGGAGCUGCUGCACGAGCUGUACAACUUCCUGGCCAUCCAAGCGGGUAAUUUUGAAUGUGGAAAUCCAGAGAAGCUAAAAAGCAAAUGCAUUCCUGUAAUGGAAGCCCAGGAAUAUAUAGCAAAUGUGACCAGCAGCUCCUCCGCCAAGUUUGAAGCUGCACUGACCUGGAUUCUGAGCAGUAACAAGGACGUGGGCAUCUGGUUGAAAGGGGAAGACCCGUCCGAGCUGGUGACCACGGUGGACAAGGUGGUCUGCCUGGAGUCCGCCCGCCCCCGCAUGGGUGUCGGCUGCCGCCUGAGCCGCGCCCUGCUCACGGCCGUCACCAAUGUGCUCAUCUUCUUCUGGUGUAAGUCCUGCCACCUUGUCACCCUGCCCUUCCCACCGCGCCUCCUGGGAGCCCAGCUCAGCAACACUUCCGGGCAUGGGUGAUGCGGUCUCUCGGAG